AUGCUGCACGUGGAACACUCUACUUGGAGUGGACCGAAGUAAUGAACCUGGGUGAUCCUUGGGGUCGACUGUAGAGGCGAGGACAUGUGGGUUCCAGUGGUGGGGCUUCCUCCUCGGCUGAUGCUGUCAGCCUUGGGAGGCGCUGGUCGCUUUUGCCUUUUGGGGUCCGGAACGGCGACGCGAAAGGACUUGCCAUCGCGGAACUGUCGCGGCUUGUCUGAGUCCUGCCCACAGGAGUUGCCCUAUCCGGAUUUCAACGAAUCGCCCUCUGUGGUGUCCAAGUGCCGAGGAGAACCCAAGCGCUAUAUAAGCAGUCGGAAAUUGGCCGAGACCGUGGCCCAUAUUCUGCAGCGGAGACGAAGAACUCAACAACUAUUACUGGAGUGCAAUCCAGGUCCUGGAAUCCUGACUCAGGCAUUGCUUGAAACUGGUGCCACAGUGGUUGCCCUUGAAAGUGAAAGAACAUUUAUUCCACAUUUGGAGACCUUAGGAAACAAUCUGGAUGGACAGCUAGACGUCAUCCACUGUGACUUCUUUAAAAUGGAUCCUAGAAAUAGCAUACAAGUCAAACCACCCAUUCUGCUAUCACAUAUGCUUUUUCCGAAUUUGGGAAUAAAGGCACGUCCUUGGUCAGCAGGUAUACCUUUAAAAGUAAUUGGAAUUUUCCCAUUUAGAAGUGAAAGAAAGGUACUUUGGAAGCUUUUAUAUGACUUAUAUUCCUGUACUUCUGUAUAUAAAUAUGGACGAAUAGAACUAAAUAUGUUUAUUGGUGAAAAAGAAUACCAGAGACUAGUGGCUACUCCUAGCGACUCCAACUUGUAUCAAGCAUGGAGUGUGCUCUGGCAAGUAGCUUGUGAGAUUAAGCUUCUGCACACGGAGCCUUGGUCAUCAUUCAAUAUAUAUAAUUCAAACGGGGAACUGCGAAAGUUAAAGCGUAAGGAAUCAUUAGAUCAACAAAACCUAUAUCUUAUUCAAAUGACUCCUCGUAAGAAUUUAUUUACAGAAAACUUAACGCCUGUUAACUAUGACGUAUUUUUUCACAUGUUAAAGCACUGUUUUGGGAAGCGCAGUGCCAGGCUAAUAGACCACUUACAUUCUUUGACUCCGAUUGAUACAAGGCAUAUAUUGAAAAAAAUAUGUAUAAAUGAAAAAGUAAAAGUAACUAAUAUAUAUCCUGAAGAAUUUAAACGCAUUUUUGAAGCUAUAGAGUGUUCCAAAGAUCAUGCUUAUAAGUGGCUAUAUGAUGACAGCAUGGAAGACACAAAGUAUGUAGAGAACUAGACCGUCAGGACAGGAGCUGGAGGAGUUUAUUUAUUUGGAAUGAUGACACAAAAGAAAAAGAACUAAAUUGUGGAAAGCUCACAUCCUUUCAGAAGAUAACUCUUCUUUUAUACACACUAAGCAGAUUACUUCUUCUGAAGUUGAUACUGGUAUAUUGGAUGAAAUGGCUGCUAUUUUAUUCACAAGUCAAUAAAAUGAAAACUUUAUUGUAGACGAUCAGCUUGAAUUUGUUUUGUUUCAAAUUCCUAUCUACUUUAAGCACACUGGAGGUUGUAGGCUGUUACCAGUUGAAAUUUAGUUUACUCUUUAAAAUCUUUUUGGUCAAACAUCUUACAAGGUAUUAAAUAUUUAACUUCCAUCAUUGUUGGUUUUAUAUCCUACUACU